UGUAAAUUCUUACUCUGGGAGACUUCGGGGUAGUUCCCAUGAAGUGAGGGCCAUCCUGACUGUUAUAUCUCUCUGGGUCCCUUAGCUUCAUCUUGUCUCCAGGAUGGUGUGUGUGCUGCUCCCCAGGGGCAUCUGGACAGAGGUUCUGGCUGUGACCCUGCUGGUGCUGAAUUCCCAGGUGGCUGCAGGCAGACAUGCCCCAAAGCACUUCACGGAGUAUUCAACUUCCGAGUGUUACUUCGAGAACGGGACGGAGCACGUGCGGUUUAUGGACAGAUACUUCUACAACCGGGAGGAGUACGUGCGCUUCGACAGCGACGUGGGGGAGUAUCGGGCGGUGACGGAGCUGGGGCGGCCCAGUGCUGCGUAUUGGAACAGCCAGAAGGAGAUCCUGGAGGACGCACGGGCCGCGGUGGACACUUACUGCAGGCACAACUACGGGGUGUCUGAGCCCUUCUUAGUGCGCAGGAGCGUUGAGCCCGAGGUGAUUGUGUAUCCAUCCAAGAUGGCUCCCCUGGGACACCACAACCUGCUUGUCUGCUCUGUCAGUGGUUUCUAUCCUGGGGACAUUGAGGUCAGGUGGUUCCUGAAUGGGCAGGAGGAGACGGCUGGGGUUGUGUCCACAGGCCUGAUCAGCAACGGAGACUGGACCUACCAGAUCCUGGUGAUGCUGGAAAUGACCCCCAAGCGUGGAGACGUCUACACCUGCCAAGUGGAGCACUCCAGCCUUCAGAAACCUGUCGUCUUAGACUGGAAAGCACAGUCUGAAUCUGCCAGGAGUAAGAUGCUGAGUGGAGUCGGGGGCCUUGUGCUGGGGCUGAUCUUCUUUGGGAUUGGCCUCAUUGUCUACAAGAGGAGUCAGAAAGGAAAUCGUGGUUCACAACCAACAGGCCUCCUGAGCUGAUCCUGGAGCCUGUGUCUCUUGGAAAUGUUGCGUCCCCUCAGCCUCCCUCUCAUGUUUGGAGGCCCCCUGCUUCUGGCCAGAUCUCCAGGAGUUUACUCCUACUGACCCUUCCCCAGACUGACUCCUUCCCUGUUCCUUUGACUGUCUGCACCCUUUGGCAUUUCCCCACGGAGCUUCAAAGACCCCCUCCACCCUUCAUCAUUUCUGUACCUUUUUUUAAUCUGUUUUUGUCCCUUGAGCCUUCACCCCAAGAAUUAGAAGACAGAAUCAGCUGGUGCUUGUUGACAUGGAGACAAAGUGAGGGGAAUAGAGGGAGGAAACUUCAACACCUGGGAUUUGUAGAAUCUGUCAAAGUGUACAGUGCCUCCAGAGGUGCAGGUUGUAUUCCAUCCACACCUUUUCAUCCUGGGUGCCUCUUGUCCAUUUCCUUCCAUAAUUCCUGCAGAGGUUGAGUAACCUGCAUGCUGUUGGCCUGCCUCUACAUUUCCUGAUAUUACAUAGAUACCACUGGCCCUCCCAGGCUGUCUGACCACAAAUCCUUAGCUUUCCCUCUGUGAUGGGCCCACCUCCUUCUGGUGACUUUCCUUCUAUCACUUCUGCUCAGUUCUUCUUUGAUGAUGUACUGUAGCCUAUGCUUGCCUAUCAUGUGCCCCUCCAUUGCACUUUUAAAAAAUUAAAGUUUUAGUAAUAUA